AUGAGUGGAAGUUCUGCUCUGGAGAACAUUAUCAGCUGGAAGGAGAAUACAGACGGUGGCGGAGAUGGGUCACUCUUUGUGGGGAGCAUCAUGUGGGCGGAGCUGAGAACCCCAGAAAAUAAGAAUAAAAAAAACAACUCUAAACAGGAUGAUCUUAAAGGAGGUUUGCUAGAACAACCUUACAGUCUGAAUAUUCCUACUGCAGCAGCCUUGACUGGAUUUAGUAAAGGAACUUGGGGUCCCGAAAACACUCAGCUGCCGGCGCAGGAGCCCGGUGGGCCUUCAUCCUACUGGCCGCCGGCGCAGGAGCCCGGUGGGCCUUCAACCUACUGGCCGCCGGCGCAGGAGCCCGGUGGGCCUUCAUCCUACUGGCCGCCGGCACAGGAGCCCGGUGGGCCUUCAUCCUACUGGCCGCCGGCGCAGGAGCCCGGUGGGCCUUCAUCCUACUGGCCGCCGGCGCAGGAGCCCGGUGGGCCUUCAUCCUACUGGCCGCCGGCGCAGGAGCCCGGUGGGCCUUCAUCCUACUGGCCGCCGGCGCAGGAGCCCGGUGGGCCUUCAUCCUACUGGCCGCCGGCGCAGGAGCCCGGUGGGCCUUCAUCCUACUGGCCGCCGGCGCAGGAGCCCGGUGGGCCUUCAUCUUACUGGCCGCCGGCGCAGGAGCCCGGUGGGCCAUCAUCCUACUGGCCGCCGGCGCAGGAGCCCGGUGGGCCCUCAUCCUACUGGCCGCGGGCGCAGGAGCCCGGUGGGCCUUCAUCCUACUGGCAGCCGGCGCAGGAGCCCGGUGGGCCUUCAUCCUACUGGCAGCCGGCGCAGGAGCCCGGUGGGCCUUCAUCCUACUGGCAGCCGGCGCAGGAGCCCGGUGGGCCUUCAUCCUAUCGGCAGCCGGCGCAGGAGCGGCCAAUGGGAAUGACUUAUUAGACCAGUUUGAUUUUUUUUUUGUAUGUUUUUUGCAGUUAAAUUCCUUGUUGCCAUAUCAUGGGGGAAGUUUAUCAAGCAAGGUGCUGAAUAAAUGAACAGCGAAUGGAAGUGUUA